AUGGAGUUUCUGGUAAAAAAAGAAGAAGCCUCGUAUAGCGAGCUCAUAAAAACACUCAAAAGAAAUGUAGCAGUCUUAAGAAUAGAGAAUAAUUAUAAUUUAAAAAUCAAUUAUGAAUUGGAUACCAAACUCAUGUGGUUCCAUAAUAUAUCGCGUGGGCUUGCGGAUAAACUUGAUUCUUUAUGGAAAUUAGCUGAGGCACAUGAACCAGCAGAAAAUGAAAUAAAACUGUUUGCCGAUCAAAUUGCAAAUUCAUGGACUUCGGUGAAUCGUCGGUUACAACAGUAUUUAUCCAUAUCAAACAUUACUCCGUAUCUUAUAAAAUUAGAAUCUAUAAUUGACAAAUAUGUUACCAGUGUUGAAUUAUUACCUACAAAGAAGUCAUGUUUAUCUGAUAUAAGUAUUUUCUCAUUAGUCGCGAAACUGUUGACUGGCGAAUUAUUAGGUUACGAAUCUGUUGAUCCUAAGUAUGUUUUAAUGGAGAACAUGCCUAAAAAGCCUGUUUUCAUUAUUAAGAACGUUAAACGCAAAACUAUUUAUCCUUAUUAUCCAACAUAA